AUGAGGCGGGAGCCGGCGGCCGCCUCCUGGUUCUCCACCUCCUCCUCCUCCUCCUCUUCGCCUUCCUCCGGCUCGGGCGCCCCGGGCUCCGGCCGGGCUGUGGCUCUGCUGCGUGCCCCGCGCGCCCCCCCGCCCGCCUCCGGAUGCGCUGCUGGCCACAUAUCGGCUUCCAUGCUGUUCCUGAAACCCUCACAGCUGCCCGCAGCCCUGUCACUCUCCAGGAGCCCACGGGACCUGGGGGCUGGGGAUAGACACAGUCUGGCCCCACUCCCCAGACCCCAGCUCCACCGACUCUGCUGGACUCCGAGGGAGCGCAAGGUAGCCUCUGACUGCGGCCCUCGCUGCCCAGCCAUCGUGGCCUCCGGCCAACAGGAAAUGGAGCGGGCAGUGUCCCAGCCUGAUUCACUGAGCCGUGGGUCUCCCUGCGCCUCUGCAAGCGCAUUCAAGCUGCUCCUGGCCUAA